AUCAGAGUUGCACAUUUAUGGUCACUCUAAGCUGUCUAUUUGAAAAAAAGGAUAUUCUGCGAAAAUGUUGUAUUCCCAAUUAAUUAUGGCACAGAUCCGAGAUCAUCCCGUUGCAGCCACCAUUGGCAUUGCCGUAGGCGCGGUUCUAGCUUCCGAGGUUAUAUGGAAGGCGGUUCUGUACUUUCGCGCCAAGCGGGAGAAGGCUAGCCGCGUGCACGAAGUGGUGUGCUUCAAUGAGCUGGGCGAGAUUUGUGCCGCCCAGCAUCUCCGGAAUUGCAGGCCGGGAUCACCGGAACCGGUGGUGUUUCAUUGCCGGAACAAGUACUGCACCCUGAGGAAUGUGGGCAGGAUCGUGGAGCAGAUCGACCGGGCGGAGUACUCCAUUGACCUGGCCAUUUACACCUUCACCUCGAUCAUUCUGGCGGAAGCCAUGAAGCGGGCUCUGCAGCGCGGCGUAACCAUCCGGAUCAUCAGCGACGGCGAGAUGGUCUACUCUGGCGGAUCCCAGAUCACUAUGCUGGCCCGCUUUGGCGUCCCGGUGCGCGUGCCCAUCACCACGUACAUGAUGCACAACAAGUUCUGCGUAAUCGAUGGCGUGGAGCGCGUCGAGGAGAUUCGGAAGCUGAGGAAACGCACAUGGAUGCGACCAAGUUACAGCAUCGCAGUCAUCGGCUCCGUCAACUGGACACGCCAGGGAUUCGGCGGCAAUUGGGAGGCCUGCGUCAUUACCCAUGACGAGAAGCUGGGCUUCAUGCUCCAGUCGGAGUUCAACCGCAUGUGGAAGGCCUUCGAGAAGAACGAGAACCAAGUAAUCCAGACCGAAUAG